AAGUGAAAGAUAAUAGCAGCGUCAGUCACUCAUUUUGAUUAUAAUUUCGAUGGGAUAUCAUGGUCUUGGUCGUCGUCGUUGACGGCGAUGAAAUAAAAGCGCUUAGUUGAAUUGACUUUGAUAAAGAAAAAAGCGAAAAACUACAACAUGUCCUCCACUUUCAGCAGAUCGCCAUCCUUAGAGGAUGCCACUUGGCCCCUCAUCGAGUUAGUGUGGCGUCAUCUGGCCCCACGCAGAGAUAUCCUGCUUGGUUCAUCUAGUGCUGGGAACAACAGCGGCAGCGCUGGGAGCAACAACGCUAGAACAUCCAACUCAUCCGGGUCAUCCUCUGUGGCACACCAGCUACACUCCACUUUCCAGCAACUGGAAGGUGUCGUCCGUGGCCACGGAAAUGCCAAGGGGACGAGUGUAUGGACUAGGAACCAGCGGGCCAGACUAGAACAAUGGACAAGGGAGCUGCGGAGGAUGCAUGGAAUUCGAGUUCUUGACGAGGAUGCCCUUGAUGGGGUUGGAGAUGCAGGACAUGCUGUGGAAGAUCAUGAACACUAUAUAGUUGAUGGACGAGCUCUUAAGGUGAGCAGUCCUGGAAGAGAUACACAUACAACAAAAUCUUCGCACCAAUCCAUGAGCCUUGCCGCGUCUCCCACAAUUAUUUCUACAGAAUCUCCUACGUCGACUAGGAGGACUACGACCUCAUCUACGAACACCACGUCGUCGUCACCACUGUCAGGAACUCCUGGCGCGACCUCCACCUUUACCACGUUAAUACCACUGUCAGGAGCUCCUGGCACGACCUCCACCUGUCUCUCUUCUUCCGAUCCUGACCAUAUUCCAGAGUCUGAGUCCAAUAGCAAUAUGUCUCAGAAGAUACAAGUCGGCUCCAGUCCAUCCUCUUCGAGUACCUCGAUGGAGGUGGUAUCUCCCUUAUCCUCCAGCACAUACGCCACCACAGAGAGAGCUCUUAUCAAACCUUCCAAACAUCUUCCUGCCGCGACAUCUACUACCUCCAGUAGACAACAUAGACUCCAUCAAGCGGUCCAGUCCCGGACUAAGGAUGUUACCCUCGUGCUCGAGAACGUCCAAAAUAGUGUUAAGGGUAGGGGGUUAAUAAAGGUGCUUUAAUAUUUGUUACGUUUUGUUAUGGCUGCUGCUGCUCUCCUAAGGGACCCAGGAGCCAUAAGGAGAUGAACAAUCUUUGUUCUUCAUGCGUGUAUUUAUUUGGUCGUCGUGUGCAUCUUCAAGUGAAACGUCCUAAUGCGGGAUAAGUAAUAGCGAACACCAAGAAUAAUGUACCUCUAAUGGUGCGAAUGUGUCCAUGAUACUGCGCACUGCGGACGCUUUCGGGUUACAAGAAGUCUGGACAGUGAAUACAGAGCCGACCUGUCGCACUGAUGUCAGUAAGAAGCUAUCAUCUCGGAACCUCUCCAGGGGUGCUGAGAAGUACGUGGAUUUGCGGCAUUUUAGAAAUUUACACGAGUUUUAUCGGGAAGUGAAAAAGAUGAACAGGGAGGAGGAGGACGGCUCUACUACGACUAGAAAAGAGUGGACGAGGAGCAACGAACAACAGGCUCGAGCAAUUGGUAAAGACGAAGGUGCGGAGAUUUGGGUAACUACAUGUUUGCCGCCUGAUAUCGAGCAGAAGGACUACAGGUGUGCAGCACAAGAGAAUGGAAACAUCAAAAGCCUUAUAUUAAGGGUUCUUGAAACAUUUCAUUUUUACAAGCCUUCGCUACUUGAGAUUGCUACUAAAAAAUGAAAUGUUUCAACCUUUAAUUAUACAACCCGCUAGUGUUUCUACCAAGCCCCAGAGAAUAUUCCUUGUCCUGGGUAGUGAAAGCCGCGGAGUUUCUCCGGAAAUGCUCGCCUUGGCAGACCGCUGUGUCCAUUAUCCCCUGAACGGAGCCUGUGAGUCUCUCAAUGUUGCUGUAGCAGCUGGCGUGUUGCUAGCGGACAUAUUUUUAAGGGUAGGCUAAAGGUGCUUUUCUUACCGCUUUUUACGCCUCUCUCCCUUAGGAUGCGAACGGCAUAAAAAGCGGGGUAAGCAAGCACCAAAAGCCUACCUCUAAUAUUUGCUCCGGGAGGAGGAAAUCUGAAAAUACAAGAUGUGUCAAGCAGCUUCUUACAGCAAGCGACUGCAUCACGAAGACCAUUAUCAGCCGAUCGGAAAAGAGAACUGGCUAUCCAGUGGGGUUUAGAAGAUUUACCUGUACAACGACUAGAUGAAGAACUUCUUAGAGAGGGAUCAUCCCCAAAUAUAGCGAUUGUGCGCAGCACCCACCCUUGCUCUAACGGGCUUUAACUCCUCCAUGCCUCUACUCGUAUUGACAAUAUUUCUUCGAGCACAUAAGU